UCUUCAAAUUAAUGCAGUCUUGGUGAGCAGAAGAGAUUUCUUUCACAAACUUUAAGAUCUUAAUUAUUUAAUCAGUAGAGAAUGAACUGUGUGAGGUGUGCCGUGUUUCUCUCAGGAUCUCAGCAGCGCGUGUCGUGCAGUCGUGACGUGUCGGAGGGCGUGAUCGGACGAGGAGUGUUCGGUUCGGCUGUGCUGCCCAGUCGUCUCAGUGUGGCGUCUUCUCCUGAGCAGUGCGACCCGGCCGGUAAAACACACGCCUUCACCAGCGCCCUCCUCGAGUCUGACGCCAGUCCUGACCCGGAGGAGUUGCCGGUCACUCAGGAGAGAGUCAGACUCUCCAGGAUCACGAGCGACAAAAUGCAUCAGCGGCGUCUGGAGCAGCAGGACACGCCCCCCGCUCCGGACCCAGUGAGACGCUGCGUGCUCAUCGAUGAUGUGAGAGACGCGAGUCUGAACGGAUGCGGGUCGCUCUCUGAUGAAUCUCCCUCCAGCCCGACCGGACCGCAGGAUCCAGUGAAGUGUCUAAGCCCCGCCCACCAGCCCGCCCCCCCGCCCAGCCUGCCCAAUAGGAACGCAGCACCACGGCUGAGACGAGUGUCUAGUGUGAACCGGAUCAGACCCCCUGCGAGACACAGCUCCGAUGAGCUGAUCUCUGGGAGUCUGAAGAAAGAGGGUCAGGAUCAGGCGUAGGUGCGUAGCUUCU